GCGCGACGACGACGCAGGUGUGGAACGCUACGGCGUUCCCACAGCACGACUUCAUCGCGCAAACGCAGCUCGCUCCUGAGUCUGCGGGCGCGCUUCCGGGAGCGGCGGUCCAGUUGACGGCGUUUGCGUGCGGGGGGUAUGCGGUCAGCGUCAAGCUCGCGCACUGCUUGUCCGACGCGCUGUGCCUCAUGCAAUUCGCACACGCCUGGGCCGCGCACGCACGCUCGUUCUUCGGGGCGAACCCCCCCCACUGUACGCCGCUGUUUGAUCCCACGCAGCUGGAUCAACACGCCGCGGUAGCUAGCAGCCCAGAUCCCGAGAAGGUUGGGAGGGCGAGGGCGUUGCCGAUACAUCGGUUUGAUCGGUGGGACAGCGACGCGCCCGGGUACCCGAGCUGGAUCGCACCCUCGGUAGCGUGCACGAAGCCGCCGGCAGAGGAGCUAGGACACUUAGAGUUGAGCCCGUCGACUCGGCCACCGUGGCCGACGUGGGAUUUGAGCUUGCCGGUAGAGCAUUUGCAGAUUCGGUUUGGAGCCGAGGCAAUUGCGAAGAUGAAGAAGGCCGCUGAAGACAGUCUUCCGGAGUCUUUGAGUGGCCAACAGGUGUCCAGACUAGACUCUGUUCUGGCACACGUAUGGAUCCUAAUGAAUCGUGCACGACAACACGAGAACACGCAAGAUAUAGUAUACUUAAACAACACACUCGGGCUCCGAAAUCGGGUCGAGCCCCCGCUGCCAGAUAGCUAUGUCGGGUCUCCUAUCCUGUUGGCCUACGUUGAGAAGACAGGCUACGAAGUCAGCACGGCGACGAUUGGCUCGAUAGCUGGCUCGAUAAGACAAGUGAUGUCUCAGUUUACCCCUGAUGCGGUGUCUGAUUAUCUCCACGAGGUGGCACAUGAGGUCUGCCCACAGCGACUAUGGCAAGCCUUCCUUGGCUCCAGGCACACGAUUGUUACUUCAUGGGUUCGAGCACGUGCUUACGAGGUUGACUUCUGCGCGACCCAGCAACAGGCUCGCUACAUGCAGGGCGUGAUGCCGCGAUUAGAUGGGCUAGUUCAAGUUAUAGAUAUCGCAGACACUGGGGCCUUUGACAUCAGCGUAUGCUUAGAAAAGGAAACACUGCAACGCUUUGCCCAAGAUCCUAUGUUGAAAGCUUAUGGCUUUUGAUUAUCAUUACUCAGUAUUGCUUAGCGAAUUACUGGUCUGGGUUUACUUGGUUGCACGAACCGUGAGCGGUCAGCGUCAUAAAAUCAGGGGAGGGGUCACGCCCGCGCGCCAUAAAGCUGAAUCAAGGGUUCUUUCUACAUGUUUCUGCAUGUUCUCUCCCACUAACCCGAAAGAAUCAGUAAAGUGUCGGUUAAUUGCUAGAGAAUAGCUGAGAACAUGUUCGUCGGUCACGUUCUUGUUAACGGAAAGAUCUGGCUAUCAUAGAGACUCAUUUCAGCUAGCAUAAUGUACGCCUCAUUAGCAUGUGACGACAUUUUUCUGUUCGGUGGCG